AUGUCUCAGCGAAUCUUUGAAAUCGUUGGCCUUGCUGCCAUUCAAACGCUGAUCGUGAAAGUGUUGUUCCUAAGUCAAUUUUCGUUUGCUCCAGUAGUGCAGUGGUUGUUGAUAGUGAUAUGCUUCACGGUUGCCUUGGUCAUGUUGAAGCGAAGCAAAAGUGUUCGUUGUAUUACAAUGUUACUGGUGCCGCAGUUCUUAAGCAAACGCGGCCGGGCAGCGCUGAUUGGAUACAUUUUCAUUCUAACCGUCACUGGACCGACCGAGAAUACGAUGCGCAAUGUGGAGAUACUAGGAGAAACGUUAAGCUGCACUCAGGACCAGUUAAAGGUGGCCAUUAGAGAUACGAUGAAGGCACUUCAGGUUCCUUUUCUUGCCAUAAAACAGAUCAUAGACGACUUGCUGAAAACUGUGGAGAAAUCUUUCAUGAAGAUUCAACGGACGCUGAUGGAAAUGCUGAAGCUGGUGAAAAGGAUCCUCUACUCGAUCAAAAAAGCGUAUAACUGGCUGCGGGAUGUGGUAUCCGUUUGCAACGAUAAAAUGGGAAGUCCAUCCGAUCGAUGCCUCAAUGCACUAGAUCAAACAAUCGAAGGAUGCAAGGAAGAAAUGGGAAACAUGGAUUUCCUGUGUGAGGUCACGCAGGUCGGCAAAACAAUUUGCUACGGUGCGAAAAUGGUCGAUUAUUUCUGUGAAUUGAUCGAUUUCAUUAGCGAUAGCGUGGUGGCAGAAAUUGAACAAGGUAUUCAAACUUUAAUGCGAAACAUGCAGGAACUGUUCCGUGUAAAAGUUGAAUACGAUCAUUCGUUUGAUUUUGUAACAAAUGUCUCAAAAACUUUUGUCGAAGUUAGUGCUGAUGUUCGAGAGGAGAUUGUCCUCCGAAGCUUACCUCUGCGAAGAUCAUUCAAUGUGCUGGGAAUAAUUACUAGUGGAUUUUUUAUUUGUAUUGUUCUGAGAGCUGUUCGUUACUGGAGGAAUUACAUGAAGAAAGAUGGCUUCGAUAACCGUUUCUUAUCCGAAGAUUUUUAUGCCAUUGAAGAUCGAAGGAUGGCGUUAGAUGUUGAAACAGUUUUUCCGCUAACUCGCAAGGAAAGUUAUCGAUAUGUUCCCUUGACAUCUUUUCAUUUGACGUGGAAGGAACGUUUUCGGAUAGCGAAAUCACUGACGUUUUUGUUGAUUUCAACCAUUCAAAUAGGAAGCCAGUUGUUCGCGGAUUACGCGCUAUACUGGCUACUCACUCUGAUAAAACAUUUUAUGCAAGAAGAUCCUAGUUAUUUGAAAGGAUCCACUCUGAGCAAUACAACCCCGCUAGCGAUAGGCGUGAGAGGUGAUGGUGUGUUAGCAGAUAUAUUGCGUGAUAUCGUACGAUCGUUUGAACCCAUCGUCAAUGGAACGGCUAUCGAUCCAUCUCGGUGUAUUCCAGAUGCGUCAAUUCCUCGUUUCGCUCGGUACGGUCAGAUUGCAACGCUACUCGCACUCUGUUGGUUGUUUGCCUUCAUGGAACCGUACGGAUUGCGCGUGAGGCAAAUCGUAAUGCGUCGAUAUUAUCCCGCUCGAGCUCGUGCCAGAGCCAUAUGGUUAUAUGGAGAUAUCUUACUGAAAAGGGAGAGCUUACUUAAAGUUCUCAGACGCCGUAUCGUUGGCCAGACUGCUCGGAAUGAUCGCGAAAAGGUGCCCUGGUUGGAUGUGGUUCGAGCAAAGACUAACCGUUUUUGGAUCCUGCGAAGACUGCUCGGAACGGCACGAUCUGUUCGCUGUACAUUGUGUGGUGAUGUAUUAGACGAGCAAUCAGAUGUACAGAUUCGUUGCAUACGUCCCGAAUGUCCUGGUGUCUACUGCCAGGACUGCUUUCUUGAAACAGCAAAUAGCUGCUCGCUUUGCUUGUCCACGCUGAUCGUUGAAUCGUCUUCCAUAACAAGCGGCAUUUCUUUUGAAAGAGCAUCCUUUAACGCCAUCUAG